GACCUGGCCUGCUAGCUUAUUUAGCUCCUGCAUGCUGCGCCGGCGUCGAGUCGUCUCCAUGCCAUGCAUGCCGAAUUGCCGAUGGCGCUGCGCGGGUAGUGCGCUAGCUACUAGUACGUAAGUGUAGAGUGUGGAGAAGCCAGCUUUGCUGCGUCGUCUCCGGCCGUGACGGGAUCGACCGCCGUCCGUGCGGGAUCUCCUGCCGCUGGGGUCCUAGCUCCUCCACCGCCUUAGCCGUUGGCAGGCUACUGCCCGGUGAGCAUCUCGCCUUUUUUUGCCGUGCUAGCUAGCUAACUAGUAGCUGCGAUCCGAUCGUACGGGCUGAUGGGCACGGAGGAGAUGCUGCCGUACGUAGUGGACUAGUUGGUCGUGGCUGGGCGCGCUAGCUCCGAUCCGCUCUGGUGCAGGUCAAGGCCGCUCACGGGAGUGGCCGCAGUGGACGCAGGUGGUGGUGGUCGCAGGAGCUCAAAAGCCCCGACGGCCCGAGACCCCCCUUCGCUGCCGCAGCUAGCCGUCGGCGAGCUCCCUCGUCUUCAUCCCGAUCGAGGUGCGUGGUCACUGCUCGAUCGCUCUUCAACUCCCCCAGCCCACCCGUAGUGCUGUUUGGUUUGCAUCUGCAGUUUUUACUUGUCCGUCUCGCAUGCAUGGUUGGCUGUUGCAUGUCGGGCUGCGAGUGCUGUGGAUGAGGAUCGUGCGUGCUCGCGGUACGCGCGUUGUCCCAUUCGACGGCCGCAUCGAUCCCGCCUCGCUCGUCCCCUCCCUCUCGUCUCAUGCGCGUCCGCCAUGUGUUGCGCGGUGUAGCUUGCUUAGCUUUUCUUGCCAACUUGGGCUUAAUUGCCUGGGCUGGGGCACCACCACGUACAUACUCCGCUGUUUUAAGCCCUCACACCCUGAUGGAGGAUAAAAGGGUAGGCGAGAUUCUCUCUCUCUCAUGCACGUAAUUUUGAUUUGACGCAAAGAUCAGUACGUAGAUAACCACCUCUCGGUCGGUCGGCCUUUUGGACCGGUAAGCAGAAGACUGCUUGCAGAUGUUCUUGUUUCCAAAAUGCGCUCUACACCUGUUGCUCCCGAACUGGUCGUCCUCCUUUUCUUUCUGCCCCUUUCUUGUUUGCGUCUUUUUGGGCUGACGCUGUCCGUUUUCGAACCUCGAGUGCCCAAACAAAUCUCUCCCUCCGAUCGAUCCCUCUCUCUCAUCACGCUACUCCCUCGCUCGCAUCCGUUUCCGUUUCUUUACUUUACUUUAAUGGUGAUCAGGGGGGGAGAGAGAGCAAGCAGAGUGAGAUCAGAGAGGCCCAUGCUUCUUCGCUUUGUCCGCUAAUGGCCGCUGUGACCUCCUCGGCGUCUCUCCCCACCCCUUUUUAUUUCGAACCCGCGCCCACUCGCACGCUUCCUUCCGUCUUCCCUCUCAUAUUCAAAACUCGGCUCCUCCUCUAACAGCCGUCACCUCGCCUCACUCGUGUGCCUUCUCACUCUACCAGCGUCCGCCCGCCACCCAGGUCCGGCGAUGGGCAAGGCGGCGCGGUGGUUCCGCAGCUUCCUGGGCAAGAAGGAGCAGGCCAAAGACCAGCAGAGGCGCCAGCGGGAGGACCACCAGUCGCUGCCCCCGCCAGCCAGCGCCAAGCGCUGGAGCUUCGGCAAGUCCUCCCGGGACACGGCGGAGGCCGCCGCCGCCCAGGCCGCGCCCGUCUCGGCCGGCAACGCGGCGAUCGCGCGCGCGGCCGAGGCCGCGUGGCUCCGGUCCGCGGCCUACGCCGAGACGGACCGGGAGCGGGAGCAGAGCAAGCACGCCAUCGCCGUAGCCGCGGCCACCGCGGCGGCGGCGGACGCGGCCGUAGCGGCGGCCCAGGCGGCCGUCGCCGUUGUACGGCUCACCAGCAAGGGACGCGCCGCGGCCGCGCCCGUCCUCGCCACCGCCGGCGGGCGCGCCGCCGCCGCCGUCAGGAUCCAGACGGCGUUCCGGGGAUUCCUGGCGAAGAAGGCGUUGCGCGCGCUCAAGGCGCUGGUGAAGCUGCAGGCGCUGGUGCGCGGCUACCUCGUGCGCCGGCAGGCGGCCGCCACGCUCCAGAGCAUGCAGGCCCUCGUCCGCGCGCAGGCCGCCGUGCGCGCGCGCCGCGCCGGCGUCCCCGUCCUCCCGCAGCUCCACCACCCGCCCGUCCGGCCGCGCUACUCGCUGCAAGAGCGGUACGCGGACGACACGCGGAGCGAGCACGGCGCGGCGGCGUACGGCAGCCGGCGGCUGUCGGCGAGCAUCGAGUCCUCGUCGUACGGGUACGACAGGAGCCCCAAGAUCGUGGAGGUGGACCCGGGCCGGCCCAAGUCGCGGUCGUCCUCGCGCCGGGCGAGCUCCCCGCUGCUCGACGCCGGCAGCAGCGGCGGCGAGGAGUGGUGCGCCAACUCCGCGUGCUCGCCGCUGCCGUGCUACCUGUCCGCCGGGCCGCCGCGCAUCGCCGUGCCGACGUCGCGCCAGUUCCCGGACCACGAGUGGUGCGCGCUGGAGAAGGCCCGGCCGGCGACGGCGCAGAGCACGCCGCGGUACCUGCACGUGCACGCGCACGCGCCGGCGACCCCGACCAAGUCCGUGGCCGGUUACUCCCCGUCGCUCCACGGCUGCCCGAACUACAUGUCGAGCACGCAGGCAUCGGAGGCCAAGGUGCGGUCGCAGAGCGCGCCGAAGCAGCGGCCGGAGCUCGCCUCCGCCUGCGGCGGCGGCAAUGGCGGCGGCGCGCGGAAGCGGGUGCCGCUGAGCGAUGUGGUGGUGGUCGAGUCGUCCCGCGCGAGCCUGAGCGGCGUCGUGGGAAUGCAGCGCGGGUGCGGCGCCAGGGCGCAGGGGGCGUUCAGCUUCAAGACGGCCGUCGUCGGCCGCAUCGACCGCACGCUGGAGGUGGCCGGCGUCGAGAACGACAGGCUGGCGUUCCUGCAGAGGAGGUGGUGAUGAGGCCAGCAGAGCAGGCUCGGUGCAUUGGGGUGCCAGCGAGACGACGAGAGCUUUGGGGGGAGUAAUUAGCAAUAAGAAUGCGUUUUCGUGUGUUCUUGCGAGCUCUCGUCCUUUUCGUUCUUCUUGUUCUUGUGUGUUUGCAAUGUGAUCAAUCAUGCAACUUUUGUGUUUCUUCUCUCUGUUUUUUUUAUGUUUAUUUCUGGUAAACAAGUGUAUGAGGAAAAUUUGAUUCAUACUGCACUUGGGAUGUAAAUUCUUGCUCCUAUCAUCAAUGCUCUUCUUCGAUGGUGUCCUUAA